CUGCCGCAGCUGGGCUGGUGGGAGGGGAGCGUCUGCCCUGGCGCGGGUCAGCUGAGCGAUCGAGCCCACAGGCCGGUCAGGACGUGCGGCGAGGCUGCCAGCGGCGAGCGGGGGGUGGUGUUACUGGUGAAUCUACUGAUCUAUGAUAUAUAUAUAUAUAGUGAGCAUUGUGAUCAGCCAUGGUGUACAGUGAAGACAUCGGUGGGGACCCUGAUCAACUAGCACAGCGUAUAACUUCCAAUAUCCAGAAAAUCACACAAUGCUCUGCAGAAAUACAAAGAGUACUGAAUCAACUUGGAACACCACAAGACACACAUGAAUUGCGACAGCAGCUACAACAGAAGCAACAAUAUACAAAUCAGCUUGCCAAAGAGACUGACAAAUACAUUAAAGAGUUUGGAUCUCUGCCUUCAAUAAAUGAACAGCGUCAAAGAAAGUUACAAAAAGACCGACUUGUGAAUGAGUUCACCACCGCACUUACAAAUUUCCAGCGGGUUCAAAGACAAGCUGCUGAGAAAGAGAGGGAAUUUGUUGCGAGAGUACGGGCAAGCUCUAGGGUAUCAGGGGGUGCUCCUGAGGAAAGUUACAGAGAAGGAACGCUAGUAUCUUGGGAAAGCCAACCUCAAAGUCAGGUACUAGAUGAAGAAAUCACGGAAGAUGACCUCCGUCUUAUUGAAGAGAGAGAAACUACCAUCAGGCAGCUUGAGGCAGAUAUUAUGGACAUCAAUGAAAUAUUUAAAGAUCUGGGGAUGAUGAUUCAUGAACAAGGAGAUAUAAUAGAUAGUAUAGAAGCCAAUGUAGAAACAACUGAAGUCCAUGUCCAGCAAGCAAAUCAGCAGUUGUCCAGAGCAGCAGACUACCAGCACAAGUCCCGUAAGAAGAUGUGUAUCCUCAUUCUUGUACUCAUUAUAGGAAUAGCCAUCCUUGUCUUAAUCAUAUGGGCAGCAUCAAAAUCGUGAUGUGCUAAAUCAAGCAGAAGAAUUUCCACAGUCAUGUCUCAUUAUUAAGAUGUUCAGUAAAUGAUGGAUCCAUCUUUGUCACUUCUGCUUUUCUAUAGAAUGCAUUUUUAAAUCCAGGAGUGCUCCCCGCUCCCUUCAGCUUGCAUAGUACAAUUCACUGAAUUUAUUGCAGCAUUGAAUGCAGCACUGUAACUUAACCUGAGGGAAGGCUACUUCUUGUCUGUGCCUGCCAUUCUGUCAUCUUCUCCUUUUGCCUCCAGGCCAAAUUACAGUGGUUAUGCGAUACCCACCUAGUAUGGUGCAAUGAUGACCUUUUGCUCAAGUGUAGACUAGUUUGAAUACACAGAUAUGUGGAGUCUUGCAAACUCUUAGGGGUACAAACAAGGUCAUUCAUUUGUGCCCUUUGAAGGUCUCGCUGGGGAGCUUAAGUGCAGAGUAAUAAUGGUCAAAAUUCAGUUUAUCCAGUCAAUUUCUAACAUACGGUUUCAUUGGGACAACUUGAUUUUUUGUAACAAAUCAUGAAUUUCUCUGUGUCCCUCUGCUCCAAUAAUUCCUUUCAUAAACAAGCAGACUGGUCUGUCCAUGGCUCUUCAUGUACACAGUUCAAAUCUAAAAGGUUGCUGGCAGCUAUAUUGUUUAUAUCCAAUAUUUCUGAAACUUUUGAAUUAAUCCAGUUGUUUUUUGUUUUGCUUAAGAACACUUUUUCACAUUUUGAUAUAAACCAGGUUAUGGGUAUUAGCAAACUUGGCAAAGUCUAAUCUGAUAAAGGGGGUUUGAUUGAUGUGCUUACCUUAAAGACUUUGGUACACAUUUAAAGUUAACAAAUAUUUGUAUAUUUAAUUUAUGCAUUCAUCAGUUGUUUGAAGUCUGUGAGCAAAACUAACACAGAAAAUGGCUAAUAACACAUUUGACUUUACAAGACUCUUUGAUUUGAGCUGCCAAGUAAUACACAUGUCUAACUGUUUUAGGUAAUUCUGUCACAUCUUGGUACAUGGUGAUGGUUAACAAACAUGCUAAACUUAAUUCUGAUUUAACUUCAGUAAGCUCUAAACUGUAUAAAUAGUAAAACCUGUGGGUGUGGGGUUUUUUUAAGCGCUUAAUUCUUUCCCUUGAUGUAUAACUAUGAAAUUCUAAACAACUUUUGGAAAGUUCUGUCUUCUAAACAAUUACAUUCAGUUUAAUUGUCUCAAAUCUUACUAGUUUUAAGAACUGAGUUUUGUGUCAUUUUGUAGCAGCACAUGUUGGAAAAGUAAUACAAAUUUAUUUGCCAGAUAAUCUGUUUUGCCUUUUUAAAAAAAGCAAUGUUAUUGAAUUAAUAUUUACUGUAUAAAUAUUACUUAUGUCUUAUGAAUUUUGUACAGCAUUUGAUAGAGAAGCAGCAUUUAUGUGAUAUGCUCUGAGACUUGUGAUUUGGGUAGGACUAAAGAUCUGCAGCCUGAUUUGGAUUGCACAAUCUAAAUAAACAUAGUUUUGAA